UUUGGGUUCGCACUUUGCAGUCGUUCUUCUUUUAAAUUUUCAAUUGUUUGUGUUGCUUUCCACGGAUUAUACUGACAAGUCUGACAUUCGAACUUCCAAAAUUCCUUCUUAAAUUUUAGCUUAGUUUACGGAUUCUAAAGUGGGCAGGAGUAAGACCGUGAGGUGCAAAAACGACGAAAAUGUCAGACACCAGCAAUAACGCGAUGAUGCCCGUUUUGCCUAGCAAUCAGCCAACAGUGAUUAACUCGGCGACCAGUGGCAAUGGCACGCAGACCUGGACACCGCGCAGUCGAUCCACUUCGCCUGUGUCCGAUCUGAUGCCGCGACGACUGUUUGACACGGACGACGCUGAAGGAAACGCCGAGCUGGACGAGUCCCUAGGUAUCGAGAACCUGCCCAAACACGGCAUGCACCAGCCUGGUCCCAAGGGAUCCUGCCUUAGUCACGCGCAGCUGGGCAAGCAUCUCCAGAACGCCUCCGACGAGGAAUUCGCACAGCUAAUGCAGGAGCUGCGGGCCACCGCCCAGCGGGUGCUGAUGGAGGACGACUGGAUGUUCCGCUCCUCCGAUGACAUUCUGGGAUUUAGCGACGCCUGAGCACGGAUAAGUCUCAAGUGUGCCGUGUGCCUUUAUCAGUUUAUUCUGACGGCCUCUGAUGUUUCUGUUUUCCAAAAUCUCAAGUUGUACAAUAUUUUUCUAGCUUUUAAAUGCAAUUUCCAAAACACUUCGAUCCUUAAAGCUUCGUUAUUUUUGUACAGAAAUUUAAACGUUGCAAUAAAUAGGCGACGGAAUUAUCAAAGGAUGUCUGCACCGAAAUGUAUGCGUAGUUGUUCAAAAGUUAGGAAGGAAACGACGGUGUGAAUACUGAUGCGCGUCAGAGCCGGGAUGAAUCCCUACGGUAGAAAAAAAUCAGAUGUAUAAUGUAUUCUGA